AUGGGAGGCCUGACCAAUUCGCCCAUUCUUUUGGUUCUGGUAGGGCCAUUGACAGGUCCCAUCAUUCCCGGCAUCAUCAUUCCACCAUCUGGCAGCGGGCGAUUUGCACUACAUUCACUGCUUGGGAGGCCGGGGAACCCCUGGUUUCAAAACUUCCCGCGACGCUGGUUGGGUGGGGGUGGAGAGAGAGGAGGGGAUAGAGGAUCCGGGUCAUUUUUGGAUCUUGUCUGGCCCAGGCUUUUUUGGCCAGUAUGGAUACUCCAAUGGCGAUGGGGAGGAGGGAGGCAAAAAAAGGCAACGCCGCGACGGCAAAGCAUGGUCAGGCAUUGA